GCUGUUUGUUCACAUGUGUCCAGGAGGAGAUGAAGUACAUUGGAUCCUGCACAGUUUGGCUUUGUAYGGCAGUCUUCCUCCUUCCUGUUUCUGCUCCCGUGGCUGUCAGUGACCAGACAGGUGCUUUGUGUCCUUUAAUGAAAACAGUCACCCGUCAUCACAAACAAAUCAACAGAGACAGUCAUGGUGUUUCAGGGUUUGAUCUGGCAGAAAGUUUUUCUUUAAGGCAAACAUCCUGUGGAGCAGAAAAGAUCUGUUUUAAACUGGGAAGUGCACCUCUCGUCAGAAAUACAAGGCAAGUAUUUCCAAAUGGGUUUCCUGARGAAUAUUCUCUAAUUGCUACGUUCCGUAUACGGCGAAAUACCAAGAAAGAGCGUUGGUAUAUAUGGCAAGUUUUAAAUCAGUAUGACACACCUGAGAUCUCUGUCCUUCUGGAUGGUACAAAAAAGGUGGUGGAGUAUAUGACCAAAUCUGCUCAGGGAAAUAUACUGCACUACACUUUUAAGAGUCGAGAAAUUUAUCCAUUGUUUGAUCGGCAGUGGCAUAAGCUUGGUAUUAGCGUGCAGUCAGGGGUCAUUUCCCUCUAUUUGGAUUGUAAUUUAAUUGAGAGAAAGCAGACUGAUGAAAAAUUCACCAUUGACUUGCAGGGAAGGACACUGAUUGCUUCUCGUGCUGCGGAUGAUAAGCCUGUAGAUAUUGAACUUCAUCACUUAGCAGUUUAUUGUAAUUCACAACUUGCAGCGGAAGAUACGUGUUGUGAAAUAUCUGCAGACUUGUGCCCACGAGCGGAGAAGUUACUGGCUACGACUUCAUCACCAGUGACUGUUCAUGCCAGCAAAAUAUACACGCUUCCAGGAAUGCAGCAAGAAUCUGCACAGAGAUGCUACUGCUUUCCAAAUAAAGGAGAAGCAGGAUUGCCUGGAGUAGCUGGUUUGCCAGGCCAGAAAGGAGAGAAAGGUGAAAAGGGUGAGAUGGGUGUGAAAGGACCGGAUGGUGUUGCUGGUCUGCCUGGUGAAAAGGGGGAAGCUGGCUUAGUACAUGCUCUUGGCAAACACAAUCUUACUGGUUCCCAGGGUGAACGUGGUUUUCCAGGUAGUAAAGGUGAAGAAGGUGAAAAGGGUGAAAAAGGAGAUAAAGGAGAACCAGGACCAGAAGGCCUUCAAGGAACAGAGGGACUAAAAGGUGAUCCUGGUAGUCCUGGUCUGGCUGGUCCAAAAGGAGAAAAGGGAGAUGCAGGACCUCCAGGACCAGCUGCAYUGAGUGGUCUGCUGGAGGGUCCCCAAGGUCCACCUGGCAAAGAAGGUCAAAGGGGGAGAAGAGGCAAACCAGGCCUUCCAGGAAAACCCGGGCCACCAGGACCUCCUGGUCCUUCUGGACUAAAAGGAAUUCUGGAAUCAUUGAGCAUGCAUUAUAAUGAGAGUGAUACAAAACUACUAGAAUUACUUGAGACUCCUGGACUUAAAGGCCAGAAGGGAGACAUUGGCCCAAAAGGAGAAUUGGGAAUGACUGGAGCAAAAGGAGAAAAGGGAGAACCUUCUGAGAAAGGUGAUAAGGGAGAUCCAGGAGAGCCUGGAAUGGAAGGAUCAAAAGGAAAUAAGGGUGAAAUGGGAGACCCUGGACCACCUGGCCUUAUUGGAAGUCCAGGACUAAAGGGACUGCAAGGCCCUCCAGGACCUGUUGGACCCAGGGGACUGCCAGGAGAAGUUGGCGUACCAGGAGAGCAUGGGGUACCAGGAAACCCAGGAAUUAAAGGAGACAAGGGUGAUCCUGGUGGAAUUAUGGGACCACCUGGACAUCCAGGUCCAAAAGGUGAUAUGGGGCCUCCUGGACCAAGUGUGCCUGGAACACCAGGUCCCACUGGUGUUCCUGGAAACCCAGGUCCAAGGGGACCAAAGGGAGAAAGAGGACUGCCUGGUGUGCAGGGAGCACCUGGGGAGAUGGGGCCCCCUGGAAUAGGCAUUCAGGGAUCACCAGGUCCCAAAGGUCCAACUGGAUCAGCAGGUGUGCAGGGCCCUAGGGGACCUCCAGGAUUACCAGGAACUCCAGGUACCCCUGGUAUUAAUGGCACUCCAGGAAGAGAUGGAAAACCAGGACUACCAGGCCCUCCAGGUGAUCCUGUUGCACUUCCACUUGUGGGAGACAUGGGUGCUAUACUGAAGGGUGAUCCUGGCACAAGAGGUCCUCCAGGCAUUCCUGGCAGAGAAGGACCAAAGGGAAGCAAAGGUGAACGUGGAUUUCCUGGGCUUGCAGGAGAGAAGGGYGAUGAGGGUCUUCAAGGUGCUCCUGGACUGCCAGGCCUAUCAGGACCCAGUGGCCCAUCCGGAGUCCCAGGAAGACCUGGACAUCCUGGUCCAGCUGGARCAAAAGGCGAAAAGGGAAGUGAAGGUUCUCCUGGGAAACCUGGACCACCUGGGCCUCCGGGUAUGCCUUACAAUGAAAGAAAUGGAAUGAGCAGCUUAUAUAAACUGCAGGGAGGUGUGAGUGUCCCUAGUUAUCCAGGUCCACCAGGGCCUCCGGGUCCAAAAGGAGAUCCUGGAACAGUGGGAGAUCCAGGACCGAUGGGAUUACCAGGACUGGAAGGACUUCCAGGGGAAAAGGGUGACCGAGGACCAGCCGGCGCACCAGGAGUGUCGGGGACACCGGGGAAGCCGGGAUCUCCUGGGUCGCCAGGGAUGCCAGGAGAACCUGGUGAAAGAGGGCCUAUAGGAGAUAUAGGCUUCCCUGGUCCAGAAGGGCCACAAGGAAAACCAGGAAUCAAUGGAAAAGAUGGAUUGCCAGGUCCCCCGGGUGCUGUGGGGAGGCCAGGAGACAGAGGACCCAAAGGAGAACGUGGAGAUCAGGGUAUUCCAGGCGACAGAGGUCCACAGGGUGAACGAGGGAAACCUGGCCCAUCAGGACAAAAGGGGGAUGUGGGUCCUGUUGGCCCUCCAGGAGACAGAGGCUACCCAGGAUCACCAGGUCAUCAAGGUCCCCCAGGCUCACCAGGACCCCCAGGGUUUCCAGCUGAUGCAUUUUCACUUGAAGAAAUAAAAAAAUAUAUCAGACAAGAGGUUCUUAAGGUUUUUGAAGAAAGGAUGGCUCAAUUUGUAUCCCAGCUGAAGCUGCCUGCUGCAAUGCUUGCCUCCCAAGCUCAYGGAAAACCAGGGCCCCCAGGAAAAGAUGGGUCACCAGGGCCACCAGGAAAGGAUGGUUUGCCAGGGCCACCAGGCGAACGUGGAAUUCAAGGUUAUAGAGGACAGAAAGGGGAAAGAGGCGAGCCUGGAAUUGGACUGCCUGGUAACCCUGGAUCACCUGGCCCUGCAGCUUCUGGCCUGCCAGGCCCACCAGGGACACCAGGCUCACCGGGACCGCAGGGGCCACCGGGACCCAACGGGAGAUGCAAUCCMGCAGAUUGCUAUUACCACGUAUCACAGACUCGGUCACGCACCAGCAGGAAAUAAAAACCCUCUCCCCAGACACUUGGGUUCACCGUCACUUUUCACUCUUCCCAAUAAGUUAAGUUUUGAAACAUUUGGUGCAUUUUUAUUUUUUUCUCUUGACACUGCAUCGAAUAUAGAUAAUUUGUAAGGCACAAAAUUGAGCCUUUUUCUGUUAUUUGCAGUGUCAUAAUGAUGACAUGAUGUCAAUUUAUUUUCCAGAGUGCAUUCCAUGUGUUGUUUCUCAUAUUUAUUUUGCUUAGAACAGAAAAUAGGCCCAAAUAAUCUUCAUAAACUUCUUUCUUCAAACAAAAAAAUUAUUUUAUUAUAA